GCAUUGACCUUCUUUCUCAAAAUUUGCAAAGGCCACACUAGCCACCUCUCGACCAUGUCGACGCCUAUCAAGUCACUCCUCGCCUCCUUCAAGAAACUCGACUGACCUUGUCGAAAUUCACAACUCCCACACCCAGAUAAGCAUUCCGCCGUCCCGGCACAUGCGCAAAUCCCAGGUCGCAGGCUACUUCGCCAACACCAAGCAGACGUCCCUGACCACACGUUCCAGUCCAGCCAUCCUUCCACGUCUCCCGGCAGCCGGUGUCCCAAACCAGAUCGCCCAGCUCACCCGCGCACGCAACAACAACGCUGCUCUGCUCGAACACAUCAAGGCCGACCCCCUAUGGCUAGCUCGACGCAUGCUCGGACAGGAGAUCUUCAUGUCCCCCAACCGUUGCUUCAAGUUCGAUACGUACUAUCUUGCCGAAGAGGGGACUGUGUGUAUCGUCCAGGGCGCUCAAAAGCUUACUCCCGAACAGAGGAAGAUGGUGGAUGAGCAUGAGAACGUCUUCUUCAACGUGCCAGAUCUCCUACCGGCCAUGGAGGUCUUGCGAGCGCACGUCGAGUUCAAGUUUUUGGUUGUGCCGGUGUAUACGGUGCACCAGAUCAUGAUGCAAACUGAUGCGCUGAUGACGGUGGGUCAUAUUGUGCCAAAGGGAGAGAACAGUGAGUGUGCAGAUUUCUUGUUAGCGCAGACUGAGGAUGUAUUAAUGGUAUGAACAGGUGAAGACGACAGGACUACACUACCCUGGAAGACUACAAGGCGGGACGGUAGGAGGAGGACGAGUCCUCUGGAAUGCUCAAUGACAAGGUCCACUACACACGUUCAUUGGGAUUGAAGCUUCAACAUUUCCUGAGUCUACAAGAUACACGUUCGGCGCGCCGCUCUCGA